AUUUCAAACGUUUUCUAACAAAAACUUUAAAUGAACGUUUUUUAUUUUGACCAGUAUAGCAUUUCCAGAGAUAUAAAACUCCGUUGUUAUGUCACCAUGAUUUAAACAGCCUAGUGUUUUGCUUCUCGUUCCACUAUUCAGAAUGUCAUACAAACAUUUAUGUCUCGCGAGCUCGCUGGCUUGCCUGCUAGUAUGUUUCCCGGACGCGGCAAGUUCGAGCGCCGACAUUCAGACACUCAAGUCUCUGUACAGAGACAAGCUCGAUGAUUACGACACGCGCAUUCGGCCGUUGAAGAACCAAUCAGCGGCCAUCUACAUCAACACGAAGUUCGUACCUCAGAGUCUACUGGAGUUCGAUACCUCGGAGCAAAAGUUUUCAAUGCUCGGAUACUUCAGGAUCGCCUGGCGGGACGAGGUGCUCAUCUGGAACCCCGACAACUACACGGGCAUCCGCGUUUUGAAUGUGCCAAUCGAACAGAUGUGGAAACCCAGCAUCAUUAUUCUUAAAGCCUACGACGGCCAUGGUGUGGUGGGGCAGUCUACAGACCAGGCGACUGUUUUGAACGACGGGCGUGUGUCCUGGGUACCCGAGGGGAUAUACAGUAUCGUCUGCAACGUGGACAUCCAGUACUAUCCGUUCGACGAGCAGACGUGCACGUUGACCUACUACGUGUCAGACGAGACCGUUCGAACCGUGCAGCUCGACCACUAUCUCGCCGUAGAUCUCGAUGAGUACUCCGAGAACUCCGCCUGGACCAUUGUUUCCGCCAUGCGCCGAAAGUACCUUCUAUACAACACCUUCAAUAUCGACAUCGAGUUCCGACUGCAGCGCCGCGCGAACUUUACGACCUUCACACUCAUCAUGCCGCUUCUGAUGCUCGCCUUUCUUAAUAUCUGCAUAUUCCUGGUUCCGAUUGGUUCCGGCGAGAAGGGUUCCUUCUCAAUUACAAUUUUCCUCUCAUAUGGCAUCUUUGUGACGAUCAUCAGCGACACUCUUCCCCACAACUCCCUGCAGGUCUCCUUCUUCGUCCUCUUCAUCGUCAUCCUGCUCGUGCUGAGCGUCAUCUCAGUCUUCUACACAAUCAUGCAGGCGAAACUCGUCGCCUCCAUCGGCGAGAAGGAAUGUACCUGGACCUGCUUCAAACCGAGGAAGAAAUGCGACAACUCCGUCCGAAAAUUCGAAGAUCCAAACGCGCAUGGCAAGAAAACUGGAAAAUGUGAAACAACAGAGAAAACCGAGAAGUCUGAGUUUUCGAAUGAUGUGUCCGCUGCAGCAGACGACGUGCCGUAUACAUGGGCCAUGUUUCUAGAGAAGCUGGAUAUCUAUCUGUUCGUCGUCUUCUUCAUUCUCAUCUGUGCAACGACCGCCGUGUUCUUCACGAUUUUGUUGCGUCAUGCUUCGAAGAGCGCCGGCGGCCUUGAACUAGAUCCGGUUCCUCCCGCAACAACGUUGGCGACCUUUUGAUUUAAAUUUACAAUAUACACUUUACAAUAUUUACGUAGCGAUUUGCACGUGCAGUAUUUUACUUUAAUACUUUUUUUAUAGUUUGCUGUUGCUUUUUUAUGUUAUAAUUUAUUAUUCAAUCUAUGUGUGCCUAUUCGAAGAUUCUAAUUCGACACGCCCUUUGUUUUGCAUCGACGAAGUGUUAAGUGUGGAUUCAUCUACAGUAAUUGUGGGCGAAGCGUAAUCCUUUGAAAUUACGGGAAAAUAAUGCACGUGCAUAAACUCAACAUGUUGCAUCGCGACAAACUUAACUUUUCUGUUUUAAUAUUUGUAACAAAAAAGAUUAUAUUGUGAUAAAAUAUAUUUGUUUAAUUUACACAAAACGUAUAAGUUAUCAAACUAUGUUUUAUUGUUGAAUGCUAUUUGGAAUUAAACUAAGAUAUUAACUGUCAUAAAUUGUUGUCUCCGCACUCCACUCUGUAUCAGCAGACGAUUUAUUCCAUAUUAUUUUUACGGAGGAAUCCGAGA